GCUAGAGGCAGACGCGGAGCGGGAGCCCGGACCUCGUAACGCCCCGCCCGCCCCGCUCGCCCGUGCGGCCCCUUCCCGGGUCCGAGGGGACCCGCGGAGCGCGGAGGCGGGAACCGCAGCCUCGGAGCCACCGGCCGCACGCCUCCCCUCCCGCGCGCGGCCCGAGACGUCCGCGAACUCGCGCGGCGACUAGCGGACGAGCCCGAGCCGCGGAGCCGCGCGUCUCCCGCAGCCUGCGCUCCCGCUCCGGCGCCCGCAUCUUCUGCUGCGGGGCCAGCACCGGCGAUGACGAGAGGAGCCUCCUGUCUUCCGAGCCGCUGAAGCAUUCGCCGCCGAUCGCCCGGAGGUGCGGGAACCCGUGCGGCCUGGGCGCGGGGACUCGGGGCAGGGGAGGGACCUAGGGGCUCUCCUACGGCCCCAGCCACCGCUCGGCGGACUCCAGAAGGUGAUCAUUCUGUUCUCCCGCUCCUUUCCCUCCCACCACUUAACUUUUUGUCUCAGCUAGUCGACCGCUAGGUCUCCUCUCCGCAUACCCACCCGCGGCUGUGCCAUCCGCUCGGGGCAUGGGCCCCCCGACAAGGCUCCAGGAGGCGCCGCGGCCUCUCAAGACGUGAGAGGCCGGCUUGGGUAGAUUCCGAGGUUCCGGAGAGCAGCGGAGAGCUGCCAGCCGGCGCCCGCGCGCCCGGCCGGGUGGCGGUGAGCGCUGCGCCCUGCGCGGUGCAGAACGUCCCGGAGCGCCGGAGCCGCGGCUGAAGCGAGUAGCUGGCCCGAGGAGCACCGCGGAGCAGGCUGUCAUGCCCUAUUGAUCAUCCCCUCCCCCGCCAAGUAUGUUUGGGCUGGACCAGUUCGAGCCCCAGAUCAACAGCCGGCACGCUGGCCAGGGCGAGGGGAACUUUAACGAAGCCGGACUGAGCAUGAACGCCCACUUUAAGGCGCCUGCUUUCCACGCCGGGCCCCCUCCUGGCCCUGUGGACCCUGCCAUAAGCGCUCUGGGUGAACCCCCGAUCUUGGGUUUGAACAUGGAGCCCUACGGCUUCCACGCGCGCAGCCACUCCGACCUGCACGCCGGGGGGCUGCAGACACAGCCUGUGCAUGGCUUCUUCGGUGGCCAACAGCCUCACCACAGCCACCCCGGAGGCCACCACCCGCACCAGCAUCACCCUCAUUUCGGGGGCAACUUCGGUGGUCCGGACCCAGGUGCCUCGUGUCUGCACGGGGGCCGGCUGCUUGGCUACGGAGGUGCAGCGGGCGGUCUGAGCAGCCAGCAGCCCUUCGCAGAGAGUUAUGAGCACAUGGCGGAGAGCCAGGGGCCGGAGGGCUUCGGCCCGCAGCGGCCAGGAAACCUUCCGGACUUCCAUAGUUCGGGCACCUCAGGGCACGCGGUGCCUGCCCCGUGCCUGCCGCUGGACCAGAGCCCUAACCGGGCUGCCUCUUUCCACGGCCUGCCCGCCUCCAGCGGCUCGGAUUCUCACAGUCUGGAGCCUCGGAGGGUGACGAACCAAGGAGCUGUAGACUCGCUGGAAUACAGUUACCCGGGCGAGCCGCCCUCAGGACAUUUUGACAUGUUUUCGCCCUCUGACUCCGAAGGGCAGCUGCCACAUUAUGCGGCGGGUCGCCAGGUUCCCGGGGGCGCUUUCCCGGGUGCUUCGGCCAUGCCCAGAGCCGCAGGCAUGGUGGGUUUGUCCAAAAUGCACGGCCAGCCACCUCAGCCACCGCCACAACAGCAGCAACCUCAGCACGGAGUGUUCUUCGAGAGGUUUGGCGGGACCCGAAAGAUGCCUGUGGGUCUGGAGCCUGCAGUGGGCUCCCGGCACCCGUUAAUGCAGCCUCCCCAGCAGGGCCCACCACCCCCGCAACAACAGCCCCCGCAGCAGCAGCCGCCACCACCUGGGCUUCUGGUCCGACAGAAUUCUUGCCCUCCUGCUCUCCCGCGGCCCCAGCAGGGCGAGGCUGGCACACCAAGCGGCGGCCUGCAGGAUGGGGGCCCCAUGCUGCCCAGCCAGCACGCACAGUUCGAGUACCCCAUCCACCGGCUAGAGAACCGGAGCAUGCACCCGUAUUCUGAGCCUGUUUUCAGCAUGCAGCACCCCCCUCCUCAGCAGGCACCCAACCAGAGGCUGCAGCAUUUCGACGCGCCCCCCUACAUGAACGUGGCCAAGAGGCCGCGCUUCGACUUUCCGGGCAGCGCAGGCGUGGACCGUUGCGCCUCGUGGAAUGGCAGCAUGCAUAACGGCGCCCUGGACAACCAACUCUCUCCCUCUGCCUACCCAGGCCUCCCAGGCGAGUUCACACCGCCUGUGCCGGACAGCUUCCCCUCAGGACCGCCCUUGCAGCACCCGGGUCCGGACCAUCAGUCUCUGCAGCAGCAGCAGCAGCAGCAACAGCAGCAGCAGCAGCAGCAACAACAACAGCAGCAACAGCAACAGCAACAGCAACGCCAGAAUGCGGCCCUCAUAAUUAAACAGAUGGCGUCUCGGAACCAGCAGCAGCGGUUACGACAGCCCAACCUGGCCCAGCUAGGCCAUCCCGGGGACGUGGGCCAGGGCGGCCUGGUCCAUGGAGGUUCGGUGAGCGGUUUGGCCCAGACGAACUUUGAACGCGAAGGCAGCAGCGCGGGUGCGGGGCGCCUGGGCGGCUUCGAGCAGCAGGCACCCCACCUGGCGCAGGAGAGCGCGUGGUUCCAGGGUCCACACCCGCCCGGAGAUCUGCUGCCCCGGAGGAUGGGAGGUGCUGGGUUGCCGGCAGACUGUGGCCCGCACGACCCUGGCCUGGCACCUCCCCCUGCUCCGGGUGGCUCAGGGGUGCUAUUUCGAGGCUCUCUGCAGGAGCCUCUGAGGAUGCCGGGGGAAGGCCACGUGCCCUCGCUGGCUUCGCCGGGGCUGCAGUUUGGGGGCAGCUUGGCCAGCCUAGGCCAGUUGCAGUCGCCUGGGGCCGGUGUGGGGCUGCCCAACGCUCCGUCGGAGCGGCGGCCCCCGCCUCCGGACUUCCCUGCGCCAGCUCUCGGGGGCCAGCCCGGUUUUCCAUUUGGCUCAGGGAGCCGGCAGGCCACUCCGCACAGCGCUCCAGGCGUGAACUCGCCCCCGAGUGCGGGCUCGGGUAGCGGCAGCUCGGGCGCUGGCGGGGGAGCUUACCCGCCGCAGCCGGAUUUCCAGCCCAGCCAGCGCAGCUCGGCCAGUAAACUGGGCGCUCUGUCGUUGGGGUCCUUCAACAAGCCCAGCUCCAAGGACAACCUGUUUGGCCAGAGCUGCCUGGCUGCGCUCUCCACCGCUUGCCAGAACAUGAUCGCCAGCCUGGGUGCCCCCAACCUCAACGUGACUUUCAAUAAGAAGAACCCACCCGAGGGGAAGAGGAAACUGAGCCAGAACGAGCCCGAUAGCGCGGCCGCAGCCGGCAACCCGGGCUCGGAUUACUUCCCCGGAGGGACUACUGGGGCCCCUGGGCCCGGAGGCCCUUCCGCGGCCGGUGGUGGCGGUUCCAAAUCCUCAGGACCGCCUAACCCACCCAUCCAGGGGGAUGGCACCAGUCUCUCCCCCAAUUAUACCCUGGAAUCAACAUCGGGGAACGAUGGCAAGCCUGUCCCCGGGGGCGGUGGCCGGGGAAGGGGACGCAGAAAAAGGGACAGUGGUCACGUGAGCCCCGGGAACUUCUUCGACAAGUACUCUGCAGCUCCUGACAGUGGGGGAGCACCAGGGGUGAGCCCUGGGCAGCAGCAGGCUUCUAGCUCGGCUGCUGGGGGAAGCUCAGUGAACGAGGCCCGCGGGCCCACGCCCCACGAGAAGGCCCUCACGUCACCUUCUUGGGGAAAGGGAGCCGAGUUGCUCCUUGGGGACCAGCCGGACCUCAUGGCGUCCCUGGACAGCACAGCCAAAUCGGAUGGUAGUUCCCCGCACGUGGGUGAGUUCGCCUCUGAUGAGGUGAGCACAAGUUAUGCGAACGAGGAUGAAGUGUCCUCCAGUUCUGACAACACUACAGCCCUGGCCAAAGCCAGCCGAAGCCCCCUGGUGACCAGCUCACCCAAACUCCCUCCUCGAGGGGUGGGUGAACACGCACCGAAGACCCCUGCGCUCGGCCUGGGUAUCCUGUCUACCUCUACCUCGACCCCUGACAGCUAUGGUGGGGGUGUGGGCACCGGCCAUCCUGGCACUCCAGGCUUGGAGCAGGUCCGGACCCCAACAAGCAGCAGCGCUGCGCCGCCCCCCGAUGAGAUCCAUCCCCUGGAGAUCCUCCAGGCCCAGAUCCAGCUGCAGAGACAGCAGUUCAGCAUCUCGGAGGACCAGCCCCUGGGGCUCAAGGGUGGCAAAAAGGUUGAGUGUGCCGUAGGGGCCUCAGGAGCACAGAAUGGUGACAGCGAACUGGGCAGCUGCUGCUCCGAGGCCGUCAAGAGCGCCAUGAGCACCAUCGACCUGGAUUCUCUGAUGGCAGAACACAGCACCACCUGGUACAUGCCCGCUGACAAGGCCCUGGUGGACGGUGGAGAUGAGGACAAGACGCUGGCGCCCUGGGAGAAGGCCAAGCCCCAGAACCCCAACAACAAAGAAGCCCAUGACCUCCCCACCAACAAGGCCUCAGCCACCCAGCCCGGCAGCCACCUGCAGUGCCUGACUGUCCACUGCACAGAUGGUGACCCCAAGGCCCGCGCCUCUGUACCCACCUGGCGGUCUCUGCACUCCGACAUCUCCAACCGAUUUGGGACAUUUGUGGCCGCCCUGACUUGAGCCCAUGGGAGCCCCUGCCCUACCUACCAUGAGGGCCUUUGUGGUUGAGCAGACUAAUAUUUUUGUCUAGGUUGGUACCUGCUUAGUGGCACUCGGAACGGAAAGGGUUCAUUGCAAGGGACUGGGGAAAGGUGAUUAAAAAAAGAACCUCAAAAUAAUUAUUUUAAAGAAGCUGUGUGCCACAUUGCGACACCAGCGUCAGUCCUCAGCCAACAGUAAACGCUGGCUCAAGCCGUUUUCCUGCUAGAGAACCCCCCUGUUUUCUGUACUCAGAGAGUGUUCUAGAAGACCCUUGCCUUGUUUAAGCCCAGGCGGGGUGCACCUGUCACCCCCUUUUCUUUCUUAUUCUCUUUGAUCUUCUCCCCCUCCCCUUUCUCUUUCCCAUUUGCUUCGUUCAUCACUUACCAAGAUGGAGGUCUUGGAGAGCAGUGUUCUGGAAUAUUCCCUGGUGGGAGCUGCAGGGUCAUCGCAGCGUUAGCUACUCUCAUUGUCACCAGUUAGGAGACAAGACAACGGGCAGCUAGAGGAACAGUCAGGGACUGGGUUUUCUCUGUUCCCUGAGAACUUGGAGAGGUAUUUUCCUCACUGGCCCUUAGCCUUCAGCUAGCUUCCGUUCCUACCACUGGGAACUGUCCAUCUCGUCCCAACUGGGUUGCAUGCUGGAUGCUGGGAUGCUGUGUCCAGCCACUUGGAGGAUGCCUGCCAGAGCCAAGAACUCCCUUCUCCUUUACUGACUUCACCAUUGCACACCCUGCCUUUCUCUGUGCUGAGCAGGGUGGACUUGUGACCCUCAAAGGGGACAGGGGAGGUGUAGUCAGCUGUCCUAGUGACUUCUUGGCCCUGCUCUCCCAAGUGGUAGCCAGGGUACCUCAGCUCUCCCACUUCUUCCUGGCCUACUCUAAGGGACUCCAUCCUGGGAGGAGGGAUAAGGUAACCAGACUCAGGCUGAGACAGUCUCUUGGAUCCUGCAGUUCCCUCACAGGGUUAGGAGAGAAGGAGAAUAAAAUGAACGUCUUCAUGAUGUCCGUUGCUGGGCCUCGUGUUCCCUUCAUGGGAUAUCUCCUGGCAUUUUUAUUUCAUUUCAUUUUGAUUUAAAAGCAGAGCCCUGUUCAAUAUGUCCCCUGGGAGAGGCCCUCCCCACCCCCACCCCCAAGCAGAGAGGAGCAGAGAUUUCAGUGCUGGCUAGACAACACCAUGGGUGUGGUCUACAACCUACCGACUUAUGUGACCCACUGCUGUGGGGCUGUCUGUUCCUGGGAGGGGCAAGCCAGAGCCAACCCUGUUUCAGCUCAGUUUUUAUUGUCAGCAUGUCUUCCCAAUUGCCCCUUUCUGAGCCCCUACCCCAACUUGACAGACCCCCUUCCUCUUCUUAGCAAGAGGCCCGAAGGCUUGGGGCCCUCCAGACACCCGUAUUGUUCGUGUCAGGGGACUUUCAACCGUGGGAGCCACUUGCCAAAAGCUGGCUCUCUACCUCGUAUCGCCCCCCCUUGGCUGAGGUCUGAACCCCCAGGGUCUGCACUUGUUGCCUGGGCAAUGUGAUGGGGUUCUGAGGGCAGGCAGAAACAGGUGACAGGGGCUGGUGAGCAGGAAGGGCCCCCCACCCCAUCCCCGUUCCCUUCUGGGUUGCGUGCUGGAUGCUGGGAUGGGGAUGGCUUUCCCAUUCCAAGGGUCACAGGAGCGUCCUCCAGGCUUUGGUCCAGACUCUACGCUCACCCUCAGAGUUUGCGAUGUCUAGAUGUCUGAGAGAGCCAGCCCCUUCAUGUCCCACACAAGAAUGACUUCUCCUUCACUGCUUAAGGCUGGGGAACGAGAGUGUCCUAGAAUCCAUCAGCAAGUCCACAUACAGCCACCAGCGUGUGGCUCAGGCCACUUCCAACAUCCCCCGCCCCCCCCCACACCAAGUGUCCAAUGUUAUCAUGUUCUCACUCCCCACCGCCCCAGGGUGAAACAGCUUUUUAAGAUAGCCUUAAGCAAAAGGAUGUCAUGUCAUUAAAUUUGGUUCAGUGGGAAGAGUAAAAGUGAAGAGAAACCACGCCCGAAGCGCGAGAGCCCGGGAACAGUGUAAUCAGUAUGCAGCCAACUCCAGUAGAGAGAAGAAAAUCGCUAUUGCACAUGUAAAAUAUGAACCCUUAACCCUGCGGUGCAGUGCGCGAGCCUGUAAGCUUUUUUGACUCUUAAAGAAAACCAUUUCUGAAAUGCUUGGUUGGAAGACAGUGACAAUAGCUCAUGAAACUGAGUGGUAUUUUUCUUUCUUUUUUUAAAAAAAUAUGUAAAGUUGAGUCUUCCGUAUUCACGCAUACUGUAUAUACGUGUAUAUGUUUUGCUGAACGGCUUAAAGAACAAUAAAUACAACGUUAAUGGUG